AUGGAAUUCGAGGCGGCGUUGCAAAUAAGGUUGACCGCCUUAUUCUAUGAUUUAGAGCCUAAUUACGAAUACCGCGAUAUAGAACAAAGCAUGUCUCAUUACCGAGACUCGAACGUGCUACUCCAGCUUAAUGCAGCUACGAUUGCACAAUUCCAAAAUAACGAGGAAAUUGUUAAGAUGAAUCAGAGAAUUGCCCAUAUAACCAAGGAGAUUGCUAGAAGAUUAGAAGGAAAUGAGGACCUCGUAUCCGAACGGAAUCGUCUUUAUAACUGGUGGGAUACUUCAUACGCUAAGUAUGUGUCUGGGAACGACUUCUCCGAACGCGACUCAACAACUCUUUUUGACAUCUACAAGAAAUAUCUACCAGAGCGCUCCCGUCUUAGCGAGAAUCUAUUAAAGGAGGCAACUCUAGACAGUGAACUUAGACGACAGUGCCUAGAAGACAUGGUUACGAUUUGCACGUCGACAGAACGUGCCGUUUACUAUCCGGGCAUGACCCCCGAGAAAGGCCGCUAUCUAAUAUGUAAUAAGUUGAUGCUAGAGUGA